AUGAUUAAAUUCAGACAAAUCUUUUUGAUUAUUCUUGCAAUUAUAAUUCCUGUAGUUCGAGGUUAAAUGGAAGACAUCAGUUUUGGAGAGAAGCACAUAUACAUUAAUACUUUCUAGUAAUAUAUUGAAAAGGUAUUCUGUUUUACUAUGAAGAUGAUUUUUGGAUCCAUCGGAGGAAUCAUGCAAUAUUUGAUUUGUUGUACAAUUGUUGAGUAUUACAAUCCUAUGCCAAAGAAUAAAUUACGUCUUUAAAAUAUUUUUAGAGAAAUACGAUAUGGAAUUGUGUAGCUAAUAUUUGGAUGUUUUGUAUCAAUGGUAUAUAUAGAAAUUAUUACAUAAAAGUCCUUUUACUAUUAUUUAUAUCCAUACACUCCUUAUUACAAAUAUUUUGAAACUCAUGAUUACACAGUGUUUCAUUUUCUGUAUGGAAUAACUUUUCAUUGGUUAUGGACCACAUGUAUUUGAAAUUAUUUAAUUCUUUUCUUAUUUAGGUAUUGGAUAUUGGACUCAUAGAAUGCUUCACUUGAAAUAUUUUUAUAAAUAUAUUCACAGCGUUCAUCAUUCAUUUAAGGAACCUACUGCCUUUUGCUAUUGUGCAGCUCAUCCUUUAGAAGGAUUCAUUGAAGGCAAUCUUCUUCUCCAUACUGCUGAAUUGAUUUUACCAAUUCAUCCUAUGUAAACAAUGAUUUAUGGAGGACUUAUGGCUUUCAAUGAUCUCUUUGCUCAUGAUGGAGGGUAUCUAUUUUAUAUUUAUUAUAGAAAAUAUGAUCAUUCUGAUCACUAUAGACAUCAUCUCUAUUAUGUUGUAAAUUAUGGCGAUGCCAAGAUUGAUCGAUUCUUUGGUACUGCAUAUGAUCCAGUAUUUAUAUUAUAUAUCAAUUUAGAAAAACUAUCCAGUUAAGGAAAAAUGCACAUAUUUACCUGAUUUCAAAGAUAAAGAUCAUCCAUUAUUUUAGAGGUAUAAAUGA